AUGCAGGCUGCACAGGCCCUGCCCGUGGGGGGGAAGGGGCGGAGCCUGGAGAAGAUGCCUCCGCAGCCCCCGCAGCCCCCACAGCCGCUGCAGCCGCAGCAGCCCCAACCCCCGCCGCCGCCCCCCGUGCUGCACCUGCCCCCCAUCCAGCCUCCGCCACCCGUCAUGCCGGGCCCCUUCUUCAUGCCCUCGGACCGCUCCACGGAGCGCUGCGAGACCAUCCUGGAGGGCGAGACCAUCUCGUGCUUCGUGGUGGGCGGCGAGAAGCGCCUGUGCCUGCCGCAGAUCCUCAACUCGGUGCUGCGGGACUUCACGCUGCAGCAGAUUAACUCGGUGUGCGACGAGCUGCACAUCUAUUGCUCGCGCUGCACCGCCGACCAGCUGGAGAUCCUCAAAGUCAUGGGCAUCCUGCCCUUCUCGGCGCCCUCGUGCGGGCUCAUCACCAAGACGGACGCCGAGCGCCUCUGCAACGCCCUGCUCUACGGCGGCGCCUACCCACCGCACUGCAAGAAGGAGUUCGCCAGCGCCCUGGAGCUCGAGAUCACGGAGAAGAGCUUCAGGGUGUACCACGAGUGCUUCGGCAAGUGCAAGGGGCUGCUUGUGCCCGAGCUCUACGUGAACCCCAGCGCCGCCUGCAUCCAGUGCCUGGACUGCCGCCUCAUGUACCCCCCGCACAAGUUCGUGGUGCACUCGCACAAGGCCCUGGAGAACAGGACUUGCCACUGGGGCUUCGACUCGGCCAACUGGAGGGCCUAUAUCCUCCUGAGCCAGGAUUACACUGGGAAAGAGGAGAAAGCCAGGCUGGGCCAGUGCCUGGAUGACGUGAAGGAGAAGUUCGACUAUGGCAACAAAUACAAGAGGAAAGCACCCAGGGUCCCUUCUGAACCCCCUACAGCCAUCAAACCCAAAACAGAUGACUCCUCUACACAGUCCCCUCCUUCUGAGAAGGACAAGCAGUCCAGCUGGUUACGGACCUUGGCAAGCUCUUCCAAUAAGAGCAUCGGAUGUGUCCAUCCGCGCCAGCGCCUGUCCGCUUUCCGGCCUUGGUCCCCCGCUGUUUCUUCCAACGAGAAAGAUCUGUCCACACACCUUCCUGCACUGAUUCGAGACAGUUUUUAUUCUUAUAAGAGUUUCGAGAGUGCCGUGGCCCCCAACGUGGCGCUAGCCCCUCCUCCACAGAAGAUCGUGAGCAGCCCUCCCUGCACCACCAUGGUGGCCCGGGCCCCCGAGCCCCUCCCCACCUCCAUCCAGCCCCGGAAAAGAAAGCUGCCCAUGGAGACUCCGGGCGUCCCGGAGACCCUGGUCCCUGCUGCUGCCCCCGAAGACGAGAAGGAUUCCGAGGCAGACGUGGAAGUGGAGAACAGGGAGGAGUUCACGUCCUCCUUGUCUUCGCUCUCUUCUCCGUCCUUUACCUCGUCCAGCUCUGCCAAGGACAUGAGCUCCCCCGGAAUGCAGGCCCCGGGGGGCGGCACGCUGAGCGCUUCUUUCGAGGCGGCGGCCCACGCCGAGGCUCACAGCAAUGGGCUGGAGGCUGAACUGGAGCACCUGAGGCAGGCCCUGGAGAGCGGUCUGGACACUAAGGAAGCCAAAGAAAAAUUCCUCCACGAAGUUGUGAAGAUGAGGGUGAAGCAGGAGGAGAAGCUUAGCGCUGCCUUGCAGGCUAAGCGCAGUCUGCACCAGGAGCUGGAGUUCCUCCGAGUGGCCAAGAAGGAGAAGCUUCGGGAAGCCACAGAGGCGAAGCGCAACCUGCGGAAGGAGAUCGAGCGCCUGCGCGCCGAGAACGAGAAGAAGAUGAAAGAGGCCAACGAGUCCCGGCUGCGGCUGAAGCGGGAGCUGGAGCAAGCCCGCCAGAUCCGCGUGUGCGACAAGGGCUGCGAGGCUGGCCGGCUGCGCGCCAAGUACUCGGCGCAGAUCGAGGACCUGCAGGUGAAGCUUCAGCACGCCGAGGCCGACCGGGAACAGCUCCGGGCCGACCUCCUGAGGGAGCGGGAGGCCCGGGAACAUUUGGAGAAGGUUGUGAAGGAGCUUCAGGAGCAGCUGUGGCCCAAGCCCAAGCCCCAGCACACAGGAGGAGAGGCGGCCGCGGCCCCCCCGUGUUACACCCCCCUUCCUCCUACAGGACAGUAUUUAUCUCCCCGUCGGUCCCUUCGUGGCCCAGGUCGCUCCUGCCCGCACACGUCCUCGAGCGUCCGGCUCUCCCCUUCGCUGCUGCUGCUGCUGUGAAGGAUCGGCGGCCGGGCCUUUCCGUGUCACCCGGGGGGCACUUGAAUUCUGGGAUCCACGGAGACCCCCGCCCCUGCGCCAGAACAAAACGCAGCAUCACAUCGCUUUGUCUCGGGGCUGCUUUCCGUCUGUCCGUCUGUUCGAGCUCCUCCUUAGACUGCACUUUGCUGAAAUCUCCUGCGUCUUUCUAUUCCCCGCUUAUCUAUCAUCUUGCGUUAAAAGGUUUUCACUUUUAGAAGAUAUUGUACCAAUGUUCUCAGACAGUUCCUCCCCAGCACUCAAGUGCUUAGAAAAUUCCCUUUGGUGCUUGGUUGAACAAGGGACGCAUAAGAAAACAAUAACGAUGCAAAACCUGAAUCCUGGGGGGUCGCCGUGUGCCUUCCUGCGUCUUGUACGUUCAACGCCGACUUGUGACUCCCCGACACCCCUGCCCCCUCCCCAAGUCCCCAAUACCUAUCAACAGUAUAGAGAAAUGGAAUCGACCAGUAUCACGAGAAUUGAGUGCUCGCUCGAAAGCAUUUAUUCCAGAUAAUCUCAUUUGCUUUCAACAGUUUGUGCAGAUUCGUAGCAGGUUUGUUAUGCCCAAGCCUGAAAGCGAGUUCCCAGUAGACCAGAGACAGCUUCCCAUCCUAAAAUGAUAGUAUUUAUUUAUGUAAGAAAUCAGAUUUUACAGGGAUUCUCUGCUUGAGCCCAUCCUAACCACCGCGGUGUCUGUGAGCAUUAAUGGAAGGUCACGCUCGCUUUCAUUAGGUGCAAAAAAGGAAUAAUUAUCGACACAACUCGGGGAAGCGACAGCGACAAACGGCUUCACCCCACGGAAAUGAGGCCCCAAAAGAGCAUUGGCAGCAGGGUUUCCCCCCGAUUCUCUGAUGGUAGGGAUCCUGGUCCUGUUGACGUGGCCCCUUCUCACGUGCAAUGCAAAAGAACAUUAUUGACAGCGUUUUAUGUGGGAUCGUUUUGUUUUAGUUUUGGGGUUUUGUGUUUUUUUUUUUUUUUGCUUCUUUAUGUUUUUCUUUUACAGUUAUUAAAAAAUUCAUAUGCAUGGAAUUUAAAAAUCUCUGCCAUAUGUAUAUUCAUUAAUGGGCAUUAUUACUGAUUUGUGUAAAGGGUUUAUUUUGUUAUGCAAUAUGCAGAAUACUGUUUCAGGCUUAGAUGUUUCCAGAUUUGUACUUUUUCAGCUAUUUCUUCAAGGGAAACUGAUGACUGAGUUUUAGCGGAGCCUCUAGGUGUGUUAGCGUAUCUGUGUUGCUGUGCUAGGUUGCCAAGUCGAGAAAUUACACAGAGAACAAAAGACUUUCCCGUGGGCACGGCUUUGCUCAAAGCCACCCUGCUUAGGGAGUGUGACUGGGCCUUUGUUUCUGUGUUCUAGACUCAGGUUUGAGUAGGUGGUCCUCGUUACCCUGCAGUGGCUAAAACCCUCUUCCCUUCCAGGCGAAAGGAGUCUUAUCUCAUUUUGGGGGAACUACCCGUUGUUCCCCACCCUCUGCUCUGGUGGACAUCUCCCCUUGCCCCCGUUUUCUGCCAGCCAGAAAGUGCAUGUUCCACCCCCUUAGUUCCCCCAAGCCUUGUUUCUGGAAAAAUCCGAACACGUUGCAGUAACUUGUCCCAAAGAGUAUGGGGUGAGAUGACACCCCCCCGAUGAUCCUGACAGUAUUGAGUUACUUGGCAUCAUAUUUUUUUUUUUUAAGGCCAAAUUUUCCCCUUGAGAGCAUUCACACUCAUUCUGCUGGGUAUAGGCUGCCCACGAAAUGCAGCUGCGCUGGAUUUCCUGAUGAUCAGUUCAUAUCAGAGCUAGGAAACACUGAUCCCACCCCCUCAGGUCCCCCAAAGUUGGCGUAUGCAGCCCCACGCAAAACCUUUCCACGUGAAAGUUGUCGAUGAAUGGAAUCGAGUCUUAGUUCACAAACGAAACAGAAUGAUGUGAACAAACUAUGGGAACAAAUUCUCACCAGCAGCUCAUUGUUAGCUUUGGGUUUUUUGGGGGGGUUUGGUUUUGGGGUUUUUUUGUUGUUUUUUUUUCGGUCAGUUAACCUUGCUUCCAAUUUUUUUCCCAGCGUGCACAACCCCAACUUGGGUGGCUUGUGAUUGGACCCUCCCCCACCUUCGUUAUUCGGUUUGAUAAUAGAAUCACUUGGAACCGAAUCGCAUGUUGUCUGGGCGCAAGAACCCUCGCCACCCAAAUGAGAGGCU